AUGUCCUUACUGGCCUCGGAGUACGGGGUGAAUAUCAUUCUGUGGGAGCCAAGCGCUAAGCACGGCACAGUCCAGGCAUACUCAGAAAACAACACGGCAGGGAUGCUCUUGUUCGAGAAAGAAGACAAAAUGGACGAGGAAGGAGAUCACUGGGUGCAUCUACUCUAUCGAGAGCACGCGAAUCCAUGGCUAGCGCGUAAUCAAAACCAUAACCUCAACCACUUCGACCGUCUGCAGCUUGGACACGAUGCAGUUGCUUCCUUCGUCGAAGUCGUUGCAUCAGCGAAGCUGCAACUAGGCACGGUGACGUUGAUGCCGUCAGCGAUUUACACAGCAGGCGGGGAGGCGGGAGGGUCCUCAAUGGUGGGCGGAGAAGAGGAGGACCAUCCCGAGUUCAGCAUGGGACCUCUCCCGCGCGGCAGCAACAGCAGUAGAAGCAGCAGCGGGACGGAGGGGAGACAGGCUGGAGCGCGAAAGACAAAGAAGGGCAAGGUCGGGCCGAAGGUCGUGGGAAGCACAAGGCCGGGGUUGCGCCAGGGAAGAAGCGCGAGGCGGUGGUUGCGCCGGGGAAGCGGAAAGCGGGGGUUGCGCCAGGGAAGCGCACGGCGGGGGUUGCGCCAGGGGAUGGGAGAGGUGCCAAAAAAAAAGUCAAGACUACACCGACUGGUGGGAGGAACUCCUCGAAGGCCAACGGCAAAGACGACAAUGCCAACUAUGAUUCCGACGGCAGCAUCGGGGGGGGGGGACGUAGACCACAAGCAAACCCCGGGCGCCUUCGCUACAAUGUCGCAGAACCAGAAAAAGCUGGUCACGGCCAUGAAGAAGAUUCCGGAGCGGGGUUACAAGCGGGCGUUCUGGCUGACCAACAAGAGGAGGGCGCUGGGUAUGAAGCUCAAGAAGAUCGCCGACGAGGAGAAGGCGAGGCGUAAGAAGGCGGAUGAGAGAAACAAAAUACAACAGCAUCGACCACGCGGGGAGGUGGAGGAGGAGGAGCGGCGGGAGAGGGAGGAGCUAGAGGAGCAGCAGCAGCAGCAGGAGGAGGAGGAGGUUGAGGACGAGGAUGAGGAGGACGAGGACGUCGUGUGGACGGACCGCGGCAUUCCUGAUUUUGCGGGGACAGACGACCACAAGAAAAGAACCCAGCGGGAGACGGUCAGCGCUGCCUCGCUGUCGGCGUCCGCGCGCGAGAAACUGCCCUCCCUCGAUACGUUCAUGGACAGCCUCGACGAGUCCGGCAAGUUCCCGCUACAUGGGUCGAUGAUGACGUGCUUCGACAUGAUGUUCCCGGACGAGGCGAUUGAUCUUUUUGUUGACAAGACCAACAAGUACGUGAACCUUUGCACCACGCCAUCACUCCCGGGAGCGAAGGACACGCGGAAAGCGCAUCAGGUGGAGAAGACGAGAACUCUCGGCAUGGUAACGCUGCCCGAACCCGCAUUCGAGCGGAAGCACAUCUACGGUAUGCUUGGCAUCACGAUCACGAUGGGGCUCACGAAGAAAACGCGCAUGAGAAAGCACUGGAGUAGGUCGCUACACGACGACUAUCCUCUAGUGAGGGAGUGCAUGUCGCGCGACUUGUUCGAGCUGUUGUACUGCCGUUUCAUUCACUGCUCGGACGGCAACGCUCCUCCUCGUUGGGCGGGCGAGGACAAGACCCCGAACCCAGAGUUCGAUUCGAAGUGGCACAUCAGAGAGCUGGAAGACAUCUUGAACAACGCAUGGACGGAAAACAUGGACUUCAACCAGUGGCUGUGCUACGAUGAGCAGAUGGUGAAGACCGUGUCGACGUUCGCGCACUACCUCAUGAGACACAGCCCCAAGAAGCCCAUCACCCACGGUCUCAAAGUAACUUCGAGAUCGCCCGUCGACCGCGGCCAAAAGAACGUCCGCGACGGGCAGAUGCGCUCCCGCUCCCUGACGGAGCUGGAGCUCGAGCGAACCGCGGGUGCGAAUGGCGGGGCAAACAGCCGGGGCGGAGGGAAACCUCGGAACUCCCGGGAGAACCAGCACCAUCAUGAAGAGGAAGCCUCACGAGAAGACGAGGGUAGCAGCGGGGAGGGGGGGGAAGCGGUUCCGACGACGCGCAAACCUCGGUCCGCGUCAAACGUGGACGCCCUUUUCAGCAGUAGCACCGGCGAGAGCGGCGGAGGGAUUGAGAACGGAUCUCCACCCCGCCAUACCACGUGCGUUGCGCUGCAUGUCUAUUGUUUUUUUUUGUUUCACGUGCGAGUGGGACGGCUUGGCGAGAUGCUUGGUGCGGGACGGCGUUGA